UCAAAAUUACAUUAAUCAUCCUCUCAUUUCCUUCUUCCCAUUUCUUGUUCACAUCAAGCAAACACGAACAAAUUUCUAUUUCAUCUUGUUUUGUUUGCUAAUCAUGUAAAAGUUACAAUCCUGAAAGCCCUUUAAUCCUUCAUGCACUAACCUUUCAAUUAACAAGAAAACGAGCCGGCCAUUAAGUAGCUAGCAAUGGAAGGAUCAGGAGAAGUGAAAGAAGAAACUAUGCCACCGGGGUUCCGAUUUCAUCCUACAGACGAAGAACUCAUCACUUAUUAUCUGGUAAAUAAAAUCUCAGAUGCAAAAUUUACAGGAAAAGCAAUUGGAGAUGUUGAUCUUAACAAGUGCGAGCCGUGGGAUCUUCCAGGGAAGGCAAAGAUCGGAGAAAAAGAGUGGUAUUUUUUCAGCCUCCGCGAUAGAAAAUAUCCAACAGGUGUGCGAACUAAUAGAGCCACGAACACUGGAUAUUGGAAGACCACUGGAAAAGACAAGGAGAUCUUCAAUAGCAACACCUCCGAGUUAGCUGGGUUGAAGAAAACGUUAGUUUUUUACAGAGGAAGAGCUCCCAGAGGAGAGAAAUCCAACUGGGUCAUGCAUGAAUAUCGUAUUCAUUCCAAAUCCGCCUAUAGAACAAGCAAGGUACAUUAUUUAUAAACUGUUUUUUCUUGCCUAACAACUUUUUUUUUUGCUUAUAAUUACUUAUCUAGAACUAAAAUUAUAUUACCAUCUUACUAAAAGUUGGCAUGAAGUACGUUAGUCUUUUAUAUUUUAUUGUUCGUAUUUUGGAGGUUCGACUUAUAAUUUACCUCUCCUCUCGUAUUUUCCAUUUUCCUCACUAAAUCUGUCAUUGGAUUGCUUUUUCUGAACUUUUAACAUUAAUUUUGGAUUACCUGAUCUCAUAGAAGUAUAC